AUGGUGAUCGACUACCCCGAACAACUCUUGACGCCCGAGAACAGCCGCUCCGAGACGUCAAGCAACAAUGAAAACGCGUCGAACGAAGAGAAGCCCACUCUCCGCCGGAGGUCUACACGUGUAGCACGCGCUUCUUUGCAAGGCGCCGCACCACUGCCCGUCGACUUGGAGAAGUAUUCGUCGAGCAUUUUGUCUCCGGCGCCUGACAAUGAAUUACUGCAGCUGGCCGGGACGGGUGAAGAGGCGCUGCCGGCCACGAAUGUCGCGGAGACCAAGCGGUCCCAGGUCUCGCACCUCCGGCACAGCAUUGCGGUCAUGGAACAGACCAUGUGGACCGAGACGGCCCUCGCGCAGAACACUAUGGACGUCGACGACCAUCCAAUGGCGCCGGACACGCCGGUUUCCAAAUCCUCGCAGGAGCCGCAGUCGGGCGAUAUGAGCACGUCACUACAACAGCGCACUUUGCGGAAGCGGGUGGAGCGGGUGUUAACGGAGGAGAACCCUCCGAGCAGUAAGAAGGACGCCGAUGCUACGAAACCACAAGCCCAGGAGCCGACGAGACGCUCGUCCCGCUUGAGUAUUCUAGAGAAGGCGUCGGGGCUCGUCGACCGCGCCGGAAGCGUUUUGGGGAAACGGUCCCGGGGUGUGAUGGAAAAGGGGAAGGAUUUAGGCCGUCGGGCCAGUCUACGUCCGAGACAGCCUGUUGCUGCCAAGGAGGAGCUCGCUGCCUCGAAACCCAGCGAGCCUCCUGCGGCGAAGAAACGACGUGUGUCUGAGAGUGAUCUACCGUCCAAGGCUAAGGAGAAUGAAGAGGCCGCGCAAGAUGCCCCCGUUACUACUAUUGUUCCGCGCAGGACAAAGCGCUGGCUGGUCCAUGGCUUGUACUCGGGGCAAGAACAGACCAAUUCUGCUCGUCCCUUGCAAGGCCGGAAUAAAGCCGCGAGAAGGAGGAGCCAGGUCACUGGUCAGCGAACAGUGCUACCGAUGCCCAUGUUUGCCGGGGACCGGCUGUUGCAGCAAGGGCGGGACUUCCAGCUGCCGUUUGAUGUGUUCUCUCCCCUGCCACCCGGGCAACCCAAGCCUAAUGAAUGGCGGAAGACGAACAAGAACGUCUUCGUCGGGGAGGCUUCCAGCAUCUGGAGAGCGAAUAAAGAGGAGGAACUUUCUAAAUGCACCUGCACGGAAGAGACCGGCUGCGACGACGACUGUCAAAAUCGCUAUAUGUUCUAUGAAUGCGACGAGGGCAACUGCGGACUGGGUCCAGAAUGUGGCAACCGAAGCUUUGAUGAGCUCAAAUACCGGACGAGAGCUGGGGGCAAGUACAACAUCGGCGUCGAAGUCAUCAAGACUGAGGAUCGCGGGUAUGGCGUCCGAAGUAACCGUACCUUCGAGCCGAAUCAAAUCAUCGUGGAGUACACUGGUGAAAUCAUCACGCAAACCGAAUGUGAGAAACGGAUGAGGUCGAUCUAUAAGAACAACGAGUGUUAUUACUUGAUGUACUUCGACCAGAACAUGAUCAUCGACGCUACGAGAGGCUCCAUUGCUCGAUUCGUGAAUCAUUCUUGCGAGCCCAACUGUCGCAUGGAAAAAUGGACUGUCGCAGGAAAACCACGCAUGGCCCUUUUUGCCGGCGACCGUGGGAUUACGACCGGACAGGAACUGACCUACGACUACAACUUUGACCCGUACUCGCAAAAGAACGUGCAGCAAUGUCGAUGCGGCUCGUCCAACUGUCGUGGAAUUCUCGGACCCCGUCCCAAAGAGAAGUCUCAACGUUCGAAAGAAAAGGAUGCAAAGGCCGAAUCCCAGAAGAAGUCCCGCUCGACCACGAGCAAGGCCAGCAGAAAAGUCACCAACACGAAGCGCCGAGUUGAGAAGGCCCUAGAAGGGUCCACAUCGCGUCUCAACAAGAGGAAGCUUCUGGGCACUCAGUCGCUCAAAGCUGGUGUCAAGAAGGCCGUCUCCAAGGCGCGGUCGACCACCACCCAGAGAUCUUCCAAAGCAACAGGGACAACUAAGAAUGCCCCCAAGCAGUCUCCGGCGAGGAAACGUCCCGUCAAGAAAGACGAGACCAAGUCUGCGAAGAAUGUCAAACUGCCCAAGGUGAAAGCAACGACCAAGGCUAAGACGACGGUGCGCGUCCAGAAACCAGCACGGUCAACGCCAGCUCAGACCAAAGCAAAGGCUUCCCAAUCCCCAACCAAGCUCAGUCGUCCAUCCGAAACGACCAAAGCCAAAAUCAUUGCCGCAGCCAAAGGCACCAGCGCAAGGAGUCGCACGACUCAGAAGAACAACAAUACGACGGGAUCCCCCAAAAAGGCCACCAAGGGAUCUCCUACCAAGGCGACCGCUCAAUCCAAGGUCGCCAGUCCACGAGCGAAAGCCACCGCUCCCAGAAAGGCAAACAACAAGAAAUAA